AUGCGCCCUGCAGUCCCAUCGGCGCUCUCGCCUGUCCUCUACCCCACUGCGGUCGCCCAGCUGGGCGGAGCAGCCAAGGGAAGCGCCACCGUCUCUGUCUCCUCCACUGCCUCUGUCUCCACGUUAGUGCCUCUCUGUCUCCACGUGACUGCCUCUCUUUCUCCACGUGAGUGCCUCUCUGUCUCCACUGCCUCUCUGUCUCCACGAACAGCCAUGGCGGCUCAGGUCUCCCCAGCAGCCAAGGCGGUGGCAGCGCUGCCAGUACUGCAGGCAGGGGUGAGGAGUGCAUGUGUGGUUGGAGUGAGCGUGGGAGGGGGGGUCGCUGCGACCCAAGUGGCACAGGGGGCGUUGGUGCGAGUGGCAAGGCAACUGCGGUGA